CCAUCUCUCCCCAUUUGCCCCCAUUUUCCCUUUUUUGUCAACCCCCUCAAAUCCCUAAUAAUGGCUACGCCGGAGUUUCAUCUCAGCGCCCGUAAACCUCUCCACCCGAGGAAUACAGCCGCCGUCAAUGCCAAUUUCAUGGUUGUGCUGAAAGAAGGCUCGAAGACUAAGCAAGUGAACUCGAAGCCCAAACAACAGCACUCCCCGGACGAUGUAUCAAACAAGGAGAACCUGAACCAUCAUCAUUCCAAGACAAUGUACUCCACGCCGCCGCCGACGAAGAAGAAAAAUCAGAAGAUGGAGGUGGAGGAGGCUUUGGAUUUGGAUUGCUCGUUGGCGGAGGAGCUCAGCGCCAUGAGGAAGAGGAUGGAGCGGCUGAUAUCGGAUAAGGAGAAGACGGAGAAGAUGUUGGGAGAGAGGAACGCCGUGCUGGAUUCGCAGAUCAAGGAUCUGGAAGAAAGAGGACGGUUUCAGAAGCAGCUGGAGAUGGAGGUGGAUCGGUUGUUCAGAUUAAAGGAGCUCAAAUCUUAUAGCAUGAGGAUUUCACCGAUAAAGUCAUUGAGGGAGAGGCAGGUGGCCAGUAUGAAGAAGGAAGUUCAAUUGUUGGGUGCAGAUUGGGGGGAAGAAUCCAUGGAUGACAACACAUUGCAGAGCCCAACUCCAUCAGAUUCUUCUCAAUUUGUUGGAGACAAUAAUGAUGAUGAUGAUUUUCAAACCAAAGUUACCUCAACCGUAUGAUUGAUUUUGAUUUUGUUUAAAGCUACCUCAGCUGUGUUUCUGAUUUUAAUUUCCCCCUUUCUCCGUAAG